GGGGCAGCGGUCUCGGAAGGCGGCCGCCGAGCCAGGGAUACAGGGAUAAGGGGCUGCUGCUGCUCAGGCAUUAUCCGGGGAAGCCGCGUGGCCCCGGGAUGCGCGACGCGGGGCGGAGCCUGAUGCGGACGGGGACGUGGCCGGAGCCGCUGUAGCGGAGCGUGUGUGACACCGCGCCGAGCCUCAGCCAACGCCGCCGCCGCCAUGCCCGGGCCCAACCCCAGCGCCACCAGUGUCGGCUCCUCCGGCCGCUCCCCCAGCAAGGCUGUGGCUCCCCGCGCCGCGGGAUCCACCGUCCGGCAGAGGAAAAAUGCCAGCUGUGGGACGAGGAGUGCAGGCCGUGCCACGUCCACAGGGACUGGUGGGAUGUGGCGGUUCUACACUGAGGACUCGCCAGGGCUCAAAGUGGCAGUAGAAGUGAAGGAAACAGACUCCAUCAAGACCUCCCAGUCUGAACAGGAGACUUGCACUGCAGAGGAUAACAAAGGUUUCCUGUUGCUGACAGCUGACGAGAAAGAAUUCCUGACAAUCAGUUCUAUGCUCAAGAUCAGGAUUUACCAGGAUGAUACUCUUCAGUAGCAAGAUGGGUAAUGAAUGGAGAGAUGGUAUUUUAACAAUUCCAGCAAGUCCAGCUACUUAUGAAGUCAGCAGCUGGUUGUGAAGUGACUGUGUCUCAGAAGAAAACAAGGCCUCGUGGGAUCCAGCACUUAGCCCCAUUCAGCCUUCAAGGCUUCCCCUCCACAGUGAACCUUUAAGGUCUGAAGAUAGUGACUGGCAACCUCAUACCUACAUACUUUCUCAAGGAUAGGUAAUAACCCCUGCCAUAAAUAUACAGAUACAUAUAAAUCACUGUUUGCAUCGCCCAUGGAAAUCUGGCUUCUAACUUCAACAGUGGCUCCAUCUUAGAAGGACUGAAACACACUCUCGUGUCUUCAGGUAAUGGUCUAAAAUAUAAGAGGGUGCCAGUGAAAGCUUGACUAUUCCAUUAUUGUGCAAUUAGAUUAUGGCAGCCGAGGAGAAAAGUGAUGUCAUUAUGCCAACAGGUAAGAAAUCAUUCAGUUACAUCAGUGAUGCCUUUACCUAAAGGGAGAAUUUCCACCAUCUUCAGUUUUCAAGGUUUCAAAAAAAUACAUAGUCAAACUUCUCCAGUCAAAUGUACAGCCCUGUUGCUUGGUUUGAAAUGUUAGCAGCUUAUAUCAUGUCAUUUAAAUUCUCUGCUGUGAGUCUAGAGAAAUAGAAAAUCACUAACUCUUAAGUGUCAGCUCCAGAAGUGGAGAAGUUGACUAAGAGAAACUUUUUUUUUAUAAGCUGCUCUGAUGCAUCUUUGCCAUUGUGUUUUUAAACUAACAACUCUCCCCCUAGGCACAUAAUAUCAUGGCACUCAUUCCUAUUGAUAGCCAAUCUUACUGAGAGCUUUUGAGAGUGUUUUAGAGUAUAGUGAAAUGCUACACUUCAAGGCCUCACAUGAGAUACUUUUUACCAAGUACUGUAGUAACAAAGCAAGUGACUGAAACAAGGUAAAUUUUGACUGGAAGUAAGGAAGAAAUAUCUUGAUGAUGCAGGUGGUGAGGCACUGGGAUGGGUUGCCCAGAGAAGCUGUGGGCGCCCCAUCCCUGGAAGUGUUCCAAGUUGGGAGGGACAGUGUGGCUGCAGCUCUCUUCACAGAGAGCAGCAGGCACAACUCUCCCAGGCAUUGUCCUGGGGAAGGCUGUGAGAAGAUCAGAGAAAAGAAUAAUAAACUAUUUUAUGUUCACUUGCUGCACCUCUUGUUGUGAACAUGAGGAAUGUGUUAUGGAGAUUUGUUUACCCAAAGGGUGAUUUCUUAAUUGGCCACUGGUGAUGGUGUUCAGAUUCAAGUGGCCAAUCUGGUCAAAGCUGUACCAGACUGUCUGCAAGGGCAAUGAGUUUCUUAGAAGUAUAAUGUAGUAUAGUAAAAUAAAGCGAUUGAUCAGCCUUCUGGAAUCAUGGAGUCAAUGCUAAUUAUUACCCGGCAGGGACCCAGGCUACGAUAGGACAGGGCUUUAACCAACAUGAUCUAGUGAACCAUACAUCUGCCCAUGGGACAGGGGGUUGGACUAGAUGGUCCUUAAAAGUCCCAACUCAUAUUGUUCUAUAGUUCUGUAAUUCCAUGAUUCCAUGAAAAGUAGAACACUUGUACUGACAUAUUCUGGUGACUUGGUCCAGAGCAUGAAGAUCUUUCUGCACAGCUUUGCAUAAGUAGUCAAAUAUAUUUUUUUUUUAUUUUAAGUAAUUAUCCUGUUGUUAAAUUAACUGUUCUAACCAAAACUUAUGGUACUGACAUAAAUUCUUAGUCAUUGAUGCAGAUAAUGCCUUGAACCAAGAGUCAGUGGUACUCAAUGAACAUCAGGUCACUCCUUAGCUCAAAAUCAUCAGAUGAAAGAUUGCACUUAGGUUGCAGAGAAGAUUGAAUCUGUUCCUUGAAACCAAGUCCCCAAACUCUCAUCUUCUUCCAAAAUUUAAAUGUGCUCAUAGCCACAAGUCCUCAUUGCAUAGCUUAGGUCUACAUUGUGAUGAGAAGGCACAUAAUGUCCAAUGCACAGAAUACAUGAGAUCAUUCUACACGCUGUGGUAAAAAAUCUUCAAUUAAUAAGUAAUUGGAAUUGUAAAUGUGAAUAAAUCCACAGGCUGCUAAGUUUCAAAAACUACAUAUGCAUUAGGGUCAACAGCUUUUCCAAUGUUAUGGAAUGACAAACAUGUAAAAAUAGAUUUUGGUUUCAUAAUAAUUCUGUAUUUAUAAAAUUAAAUUAGCAUUGCAUUUAAAUAUCCUUCUUUCCACAACUUCAUAAAUGUAGUUACCAUUCCAAAUCAGGCAUGUGAAAAUGACUUGCUGAAAUUUUCUCCAAAUUCCUGCCGUCUCCUUCUGGUGUUUCAUCUUCUACCCAAAAUGUGUUAAUGUGCCACCAUUAUUGAUUAAAACAUGAGACAUUAACUAAUAGAAGUUUGCUACUCCCCAGAGCACUGUUUUUUGGAAAUGAGUCAGCAGGUAUCUCAGAGACUGCCAUAUCUGAACUAAAGGGAUUCUUCAAAUCUUUAAACUUUUCCUACACAAUGCAGGUGGAAUUAAAGUAAUUUCAGCGUUACACUAAUGUAUGCAUACCCUCAGGAAAAAGAAAAAAGGACUUGCCAAUUUUAAUGCUAUAUGAUACUGUUUUUCUCCUUUUAAUUAGUUAUUUGGUGAAUUGAAACAAUGACUGCAAGUGGUUCAAUAUUCAUACAUAUCAAACAUUAUGCUACAGUCUACUGUCAUAUUACAGUAGAAACAUAUAUCAGUUUCUGCUGGAGAAAUUUGGUUUCAAUCAAAUGUCUUUGAUUAUAGGCACAGAGAGUUAUUUGUUCACUAUUUUAAUUUUUCCCCAAAAAGCUUUAUUUAAUUAUACUUCAACAUGGUCCUUAAAACUUCAAACGUACUAUGAAAAGUAGCUCUGUGGAAAAAGAAAUUAGCUUCUUACUAGCACUACUUUAUUACAUUUCAAAUCCAGAACCAUAACUUUUUAUUCCACCAUAUGGAUAUCACAGCAAACUACAAACAUAUUACUGGAAUAUAACAAUUACUGCUCCACAGCUGAGCAGCAGUAACUGACCCCACAUGUGCUUUUAACAAAAUCAGAUCCCUUAUUUUGAACACUUGUCAGGAUAUACACUGUGCUUUUCUCACAACCCCAACAACACAGUUAUCUUUUUCCAAAAUAAAAAUUUACUGUAAGACAGCAGUCUACAUUCUGCAUUUCUUCCUGAACUACCAGCAAAACCAUGUCCUGAGCUUCACUUCAUGUAUUUACUGAAGACUAAGUGUCUUCAGCACCACUAAAGGCCAAUAGAAAAAUUAUGUGGUUCAAUGUAGAUCAAUGCCUAAAAUGUUCUGCAAUUUUUUUUACUUUGGAGUCAGAAUAGAAAUGUGUGGUGAAUUUCAUCUGAUCCUCAGAUCUCAGGCUGCAGUAGGCUGCUCAUCUUCAUCGCACAUAGACAGAAAUCUCCUGAUUUGGUGCUCUCUAGAGACCCAGCAAGUAUGGAAACAAAAGAUGCCUAGCUUACAGAAACCCUUUUUGAUUGUAGGGGGAAGAGUGAAUUUUGCUAUGAGGUGUCUGUUACAGCUAAUUUGUAAGUUUAUCUCACAGCAAACUACAGACUAUGUUUUAGUAAUUGAAAAGUAUUUUUAAAAUUCUGUUAUCCUCAAAGAAAAUGACUCACCAGUGUCACAAGCACUUCCAGGACUACACUGAAUGAAAACACCAGUGAGAGAGAGAGGCUCGACAAUGCAGAUUUACAAAUCCCCGGAUUACUGUGUGCUCACCUCCACCUGUGGCAAAGAGAGAGCUUGUCUCACAUUUAGUCUGUGUAAACUGGCCAUCUUUUAAAUGAACUCUCAGAUUCAGCAAUAGUGAUUAAGGUUGUACAAAUCAAGACAGGAAGAAACUUAGUGGGGGAGCUCCACCUAGCUGGCAAAAUUUCUCAAUUUGGCCCAGUUUAGUUUCACAUGGUAAGCUUUCUUCACCGGGCAAGUCCUUAGCACACAAAAGCUCCCUGCAGAAACCACAAAGCCAGAUGGGUACUUUCCAAAUGCAGAGUCAAACAUCACACUAAUGAUGCAUGACAGUCCUGAAGCAGAAGGCCCCUUUUCCAUAGAUCCUGUUUAGAAGAGUAUCGGGGGAAAGCAAUCCUGCUGAACACAGUCCUUCUCUACCUUCCCGAUCUCUUGGCUCCCACUCAGAAUGAAGGGAAACAGCAAAGGAGCAAGCAGACUGAAGAGAGAGAAAGUGUUAGAAACAUGGAUGCUGAGUGCCUACCUCCAAGUGCACAUCACAGCUUUGAUGCCACUGUGCCACUGUAGAAAGGACACAGCAACUUCAUAGUCCUUUGUGAUUCAGAUUUAAAAAAAAAAAAAAAAAAACAGAAAAACAAACAGUGGAAGAAUUGCAUACAAUGGAGGAGCAAAGACAACUUUUACUAAAAAAAUACAUUUUACAGAGAAGUUCAAAAUGCUGUGAGGUUAAUAAGCAUUCUCCUUCUUCAACAGGCUCACUACCAGAAUGAACUCUCGGAAAAGGAGUCUGGGUCUCUUCUCAUCACCUCCCUACCUUUUGGAUUUAUUGGUUGGUUUAAGCUGUGGGGGUUUUACUCUAUUUUAAUUACAAUGUAAUGCAGUUACAUUGUCAGAAGUCACUGCUAUCAGGGAUGAAUAAGGCUCUUUAUAAGGCCAGUGGAGUUUGAACACUAGGCCAAAAAUCUGGAGUCAGCUGAAUCCUGUAUUGUAUCAGGUUAGGACAAAACCAAAGAUGUAAAAGUACUUUUCACCAAAUUGUAAACUAUCAUGUCUGUCACAUAACUUCUGUCUGUUUCAGCUUCUGGAAAUUACAGAUACUGGACAUGAAAGAUUUUUAAUGACUUGAAGAAGGAUCCAAGAAACCAAAGACCAGUAUGUCUGAUCUACUGACCAAACCAGUAAAGGCAUCUAGUAACUGACUAAAUUCUGAGAAAGGAAAAGGGAGACGCAGAGGAAGAGGAAGAGGAAGAGGAAGAGGAAGAGGAAAAGGAAAAGGAAAAGGAAAAGGAAAAGGAAAAGGAAAAGGAAAAGGAAAAGGAAAAGGAAAAGGAAAAGGAAAAGGAAAAGGAAAAGGAAAAGGAAAAGGAAAAGGAAAAGAUAGCAUACAGGAAUAGGUAAUUUAUUUUAACAAUAAAGAAUUCAUGGCGUAAUAUUUGAACAGAAGAGCAGCUUUCUUACCAGCUCAUAACUUCCUUAGUAUGGCAGAAAGGAAAACUUAAACAGAUUCUAUUGGUCCAGAAUAACUAAAUUUGAUUGAAUACAUUGUAACAUAGUAGUAGAAGAGAAUUAUCUCAGUCAGGCACCAGAAAUACACGACUGAUUACAUGGAUGAUUGUGAUUAGAUUUAUUGCUAAUACAAUAUCUAAAUAUUGACAAUGAAGUGUAGAAUAUAAGCAGGUCUAAAGGGUAACAAUGAAUGUAUGUCUGAAUGCAACUGUCUUUGUUGCUAGGUUCUCCCCUGAGACCAUGAAGUUAAUAUACCCAGAAGGUGAGUAACAAAAACUUUUUCCUUCAUGUCUUGAAUUUUAAAGGCUUAGGGAUGAAAAUGGGUACACUGACAAUAAGAUGCACCUGAGGCUAUGUGGCUUUGGACCAUCACAGUGAUCAUCUUCCACAGCCAACAGAAAGCUUAUAAACAUUUUGAUAUUAUAAUCACCCACCAAAACAAGGUGUGGCAGGUCUUCUGUAUGAUUUUACAUUGAAUUUGAUUCACUUCCAUUUCCUUAUAUUCAGAAACUAAGCAUUCCUUUUCUCAGCUGUUACAGGCACGUACCACAUCCUGUGCACAAGAUGCUUCUUCCACUACAGGUCACACUGGGGAGCAUCACAGCAACUUCUCCUGAUGUCAGGGCUGAGUUUACCGCAACAGGGUAUAAUUUCACCAACUCUGCCACCCCUGACAGUGGCCAAUACUAGCUUCCCUUUGGGGAAAGCAUAGUACCAUUCCUGGCCAGAGCCAGUUCAAGGUCUUUCUGAACCAGAAGUGACAUCACAACCUUGGUUUGCGGGGUUUUUUUCCCUUUAGAAGUACCUCCUCUUGCUCGUUUUUAAGCUUUCAUCCUGAAAACCUAAAUUUAUUUAUGGUGUAUUAAAGAGAAAUAAGUUGUU